UGGUCCCGGAUGAUGAUGGAGCUGGAGUCGGCCAGUAGCCGCGGCGAGCCGGGGGCAGCGGGGGACUCGCUGCAGCCGCCGACCCCGAGCCGGCACGAGAAGAGCCUGGGUCUGCUCACCACCAAGUUCGUGACGCUGCUCCAGGAGGCGAAGGACGGGGUUCUGGACCUGAAGGCGGCUGCAGACACCUUGGCAGUGCGGCAGAAACGACGCAUUUACGAUAUCACUAAUGUGCUGGAGGGGAUAGGACUCAUAGAGAAGAAGUCCAAGAACAGCAUCCAAUGGAAGGGUGUGGGUCCAGGCUGUAACACCAGGGAGAUCGCCGAUAAGCUGAUUGAUCUGAAGGCAGAGUUAGACGAUCUGGCUCUCAGGGAAAACGAGCUGGACCAGCAGAGAGUCUGGGUCCAGCAGAGCAUCAAGAACGUCACAGAUGACUCCAACAAUAGUCCUAUGGCAUAUAUCAAACAUGAAGACCUCUGUGGAUCCUUUAAAGGCGACACACUUCUAGCUAUUCGUGCUCCCAUCGGCACACAACUAGAGGUGCCCAUACCAGAAGCUGUCCUCAAUGGGCAGAGGAAAUACCAGAUCCGUCUCAAGAGUUCAUCUGGUCCUAUCGAGGUUUUGCUGGUCAACAAGGACCCGUCAAGUGCCUCUCCUGUUGUUCUGCCUGUCCCUCCUCCAGAUGACAUCCUUCAGAGCCUCCCAGCACCAGCACCUACCUCCCAGUCGGCCACUGCUGCCUCCAAGGUCCCUAAAUCAGCUCCAGUCCCUUUUACAAAACCUGGUUCUGCCGCAGACUCAGUGACAGAAGUGACGAGCACGACGCCUCUCAGCCCGACAACAGGUCCGGUCACUCAGCAGCUUCAGUCGUCUGCCUCGUUGGAUGGAUCUGCAUCCUCCUCUGCCUCUGCAGGGUUUGAACCAAUAAAGUCGGAUCCAUCUGAAUUACUGGAUUUCCCCAAAGACUUCUCAGAAAUGUUUGAUCCAACAAGAGAGAUCCUGAGCGGAGAUUUGCUGGACGACUUGAUGUCAUCAGAGGUGUUCUCGCCGCUCCUCCGUCUGUCGCCUCCGCCCAGCGACCACGACUACAUAUACAUCCUGGACGAGACAGAAGGCCUGUCCGACCUCUUCGACGUGCCCAUUCUCAACCUCUGACCCCUGAGAUUGCUGUCAGAGUGGGCAACCAUUGCCCUUACAUUCUGAUCUACCUUCAGUCCCCCCCCCCCCCC